AUGUCCCUCAAUAUCCCGCAGGCCCCUAACUCGGGCCUUUUCAAGCAGGGCUACAACAACUACGACUCCGAAGAUGGUGCCGUCCUCCGCAACAUUGACGCCUGCCGCGCCAUCGCCCAGACCGUCCAGACCUCGCUCGGCCCCUACGGCCGCAACAAGGUCGUCAUCAACCACCUGCAGAAGAUGAUCCUGACCUCCGAUGCCGCCACGAUCCUCCGCGAGCUCGACGUCGUCCACCCCGCCGCUAAGCUCCUCGUAAUGGCCUCCCAGCAGCAGGAGGCUGAGAUGGGUGACGCCACAAACUUCGUCAUCAUCCUCGCCGGCGAGCUGCUCCGCAAGGCCGAGGACCUGCUGCGCAUGGGCCUCAAGACGGCCGACAUCGUUCUCGGCUACGAGCGUGCCCAGAAAUUCGCGCUCGAGACGCUCGAGCAGCUGGCCGUCGACAAGGUUGAGAACAUCCGUGAUCAGGAGGAGCUCACCAAGGCCCUUCGCACGGUUAUCGCCAGCAAGCAGAACGGCAAUGAGGACACGCUCGCCGACCUCGUCGCCGAGGCCGUCCUUGCCGUCCUACCCAAGAACCCGGCCGCGUUUAACGUCGACAACAUCCGUGUCGUCAAGAUUAUGGGUGGCAGCCUCGAGCAAAGCCGUGUCGUGCGCGGCAUGGUCUUCGCCAAGGAACCGCACGGCUCCGUCAAGAAGGCACGCCGCGCCAAGGUCGCCGUCUACACCUGUCCCAUCGACACCAGUAAGACUGAAACCAAGGGCACGGUCCUGCUGCAUAACGCCAAGGAGAUGAUGGACUUCACCAAGGGCGAGGAGAGCCAGCUCGAGACGGCCAUCAAGGAGCUUUAUGACUCUGGCGUCCGCGUCGUCGUUUGUGGCGACAGCAUUGGCGACCUCGCCCUCCACUACCUCAAUAGAUUCGGCAUCCUCGCCAUCAAGAUCCUCUCCAAGUUUGACCUCCGCAGAGUGUGCCGCGUCGUCGGUGCCACGCCCCUCGCGCGCCUCGGCGCCCCUAUGCCCGACGAGAUGGGCAACAUUGACAUCGUCGAGACGCUCGAGAUUGGCGGCGACCGCGUCACCGUCUUCCGCCAAGAGGAUGAGGUUACACGCACGGCCACACUUGUGCUCCGCGGUGCCACACAGAACCACCUCGACGACCUCGAGCGCGCCGUCGACGACGGCGUCAACGUCGUCAAGGCCAUCACCAAGGACCCGCGCCUCGUCCCCGGCGCCGGCGCCACCGAGAUCCAGCUUAGCACCAAGAUUCAGGCGCACGCCGACAAGACCCCUGGCCUCGCCCAGUAUGCCAUCAAGAAGUACGGCGAGGCCUUCGAGGUCAUCCCCCGCACGCUUGCCGAGAGCUGCGGCCUCGACGCCACCGAGGUGCUCUCCCGCCUGUACGCCGCCCACCACAAGGAUGAGGACGGCGACACGGGUGUUGACGUGGAGAACGCCGACGGCACCGGCCUCCUCGAUGCCCAGGAGGACGGCAUCCUCGACCUGCUCGCCUCCAAGUACUGGGCCGUGAAGCUCGCCACCGAGGCCGCCCGCACAGUCCUGUCCGUCGACCAGAUCAUCGUCGCCCGCCAAGCAGGUGGCCCUAAGCCUCCGGCCCCCAAUCCUAACUGGGACGAGGACUAA